AUGGCGGUCUCGGCGGAUCCUCAAACGAGGACAGAGAUCGAAAAUCUUCGAGACUCUAAUAAUGUUGAAGAGCUCGAGAAGAGACUGCUCAAGCGUAUCCAAUUCGGUACUGCGGGUUUACGAGGACAGAUGGCGGCAGGCUUCUCUUGUAUGAACGCGCUCACUGUUAUCCAAGCUUCUCAGGGAUUGGCCAAAUACAUUGAGCAGAAACAUCCCGCUCUCUCACCUCGCGGAGUUGUCAUUGGACAUGAUGCUCGACACAACUCAGCUAAGUUCGCAUCUCUUGCUGCUAAUGCGUUUGUUGCCCUGGGAAUUCCGGUCUGGUGGUAUAAUAACUCGGGCGCCACACCGCUGGUCCCGUAUGGCGUGAUUUCCUUAGGAGCAGCUGCUGGAAUAAUGAUUACAGCUAGCCAUAAUCCCGCGCAAGACAACGGCUACAAAGUUUAUUUCCAUAACGGCGCCCAAAUAAACUCACCCAUGGAUGUUGAGAUUGCUCGAUCUAUUGAAGAAAACUUGAUUCCGUGGCCCGCUGCCUGGAACGAAUUGAAUCCACAUGAGAAUGGUAUCAAAUACGAUACGUACCAGGACGUCUUGCAAAAAUACAUCAAUUCAAUUAGUCAAUAUGCGAUUUCAACCGUACCUGAGUGGAAGCCGCCGCAGCCCUUCGUAUAUACUCCGCUCCACGGAGUAGGCGGUCUGAUAAUGCCCUCUGUCUGCAACGCCAUCGGAAUCAAGGAUAUGCUCUCUGUAGCGAAACAGGUGGAUCCAGAUCCAAAUUUUCCCACUGUGGAAUUCCCAAAUCCUGAAGAGACGGGAGCGUUGGAUCUGGCAAUGAAAACUGCAGACGAACAGAACCGAGACUUGAUUAUUGCAAACGAUCCAGACGCAGAUCGCUUUGCCGUUGCUGAGAAAGUCAACGACUCAUGGUUCACUUUCACCGGUAACCAAAUUGGCGUACUCCUCGCGUCUCACAUCAUUGACUCAAUCAAACAUGAUAGUGGUAAACGUAUUGCGGUGCUCAAUUCGGCAGUAUCAACCGGCAUGCUAGAGAAGAUGGCACUCGCAAGAGGACUGCACUUCGAGGAGACGUUGACCGGGUUCAAGUGGAUGGGAAACAUAGCCCGGAAGCUCGAAAAUGACGGAUUCAAGGUCCCUUUUGCUUUUGAAGAGGCGCUUGGGUACAUGUUCACGGAAGUAUGUUACGACAAAGAUGGUCUCACCGCGGCUUUGGUUUUCCUUGCCGCGGAAGCCAAGUGGAGAGCACAGGGCCUUACACCAUAUACAAAGCUGCAACAGCUGUUCAAAGAAUAUGGCCACCAUGAAACAAUGAACAGCUAUUUUCGCUCUCCCAAUCCUGACACGACGGCUGCCUUGUUCCGUAACAUCCGCAACGGGUCUUUUGUCGAAUCCAGAUCCUUGGGUUCUUUCAGGAUCUUACGGUGGAGAGACAUGACCGAAGGUUAUGAUUCUGAAACUCCCGACAAAAAGCCAAUACUGCCGGUUGACAGUAGUAGUCAGAUGCUAACCCUCUGGUUGGAUCGAGACAUCAAAUUCACGCUCAGAGGAUCGGGAACUGAGCCAAAGGUCAAGGUAUACAUCGAGAGCUGCCAGCCAUCGCGCGAUGCGGCCGUCGCUGCGGUCUGCGAGACAUUCUCUGCCGUCUUGAAGGAGUGGAUACUGCCUUUCGCUCCAACAAUGACUUACAGCGCGCAAAUACCCACGUCCUCCGGGCAUAUCUUCAAGGUUCCGGGAAAGACAAAUCAUUGA